ACCAGUUUGCUACAAGUUUACUUCACUAUGAAAAUCUUGAUACAAUCUAAGUAACACCAGUUUUGAUAGAUAUUAUUUGUAUAUUUGUUCAGUAUGAGAGGAAUAUACCGAUAAUAGAUAUGAGAAAAACUUUUUGGUAUUGUUUUCUUGAGAAUUCUUAGAGUAAACAGAUGUACCGUAUCAUCUGUAUAACUACUUUGACAAGCACAAGGGUACUACUGCCUUAUUAUGUUUUCACAAGGCACAUUUCAUCAUCACUAAACUCAGAGCAACUCGUCUCUAACUUGUUACAAAAAUGCAUCGAAUCCUCACGCUUGCGUCAUGGAGCAGCCAUUCAUGGCAGCUUCAUAAAACGCUACGUUCCCUAUUCCCUCUUCCUCCACAAUCACAUCCUCAACAUGUACAUGAAAUGUGGGGACCUCACUAGUGGCCUCCAGUUGUUCGACGAAAUGCCUCAACGAAACGUCGUGUCCUGGUCUGCCGUCGUUUCUGGGUUUGUGCAACAUGGGUGUCCUCAGAAAGCGCUCUCAUUGUUUAAACGAAUGCAUUUGGAGGGAGAAACGGCGCCAAAUGGGUUUACUUUUGUUAGUGUGUUACAUGCUUGUUCUUUGUGUGAGAGUGGGGGUUUGAAAGGGGUGUACCAAAUUUUCGGGCUCAUUUUGAGGUUGGGACUGGAGUGGAAUGUGUUCUUGAUGAAUGCAUUUUUGACGGCUUUGAUAAGGAAAGGUAAAAUGGUUGAGGCUUUGGAGGUUUUUGAUAAGUGUUUGGAUAAAGAUGUUGUGACAUGGAAUGCUAUGAUGGGUGGUUAUUUGCAGCAUUGUUAUUUGGAGGUUCCGGGAUUCUGGUUUCGCAUGAUUAGUGAAGGAGUGAAGCCUGAUAACUUCACUUUUUCGAGUGUUUUGACCGGUUUGGCUGUGGGUAAUUGUCUUGAAAUGGGAAUGCAAGUUCAUGGGCUGGUCGUUAAGAGUGGCUAUGGGGUUGAAAUUUGUGUGGGGAAUUCGUUGGUGGAUAUGUAUAUAAAGAACCAGAGAUUGGUGGAGGGUUUUAGAGUUUUUAAUGAAAUGCCCAAAAGAGAUGUGUGCUGUUGGACCCAGAUGGCUUCUGCCUGCUUACAGUGUGGGGAACCGGGGAAGGCAGUUGAGGUUGUUGAGGAGAUGAUGAAGAAGGGUGUGAAGCCUAAUAAGUUUACCCUUGCUACAGCGUUUAAUGCCUGUGCCAAUUUGGCAUUUUUGGAGAAGGGGAAGAAAGUUCAUGGGUUGAGGAUAAAACUUGGUUCUGAGAUUGAUGUUUGUGUGGAUAAUGCGCUGCUUGAUAUGUAUGUCAAAUGUGGUUACAUGGAUGGUGCUUGGGGUGUUUUUCGUUCCAUGGAUGAUCGUACUGUUGUGUCAUGGACAACAAUGAUAAUGGGGUGUGCUCAAAAUGGCCAAGCUAGAGAAGCUCUUGAGAUUUUUGAUGACAUGACUAUGAAGGGUGUAGAGCCCAAUUACAUCACCUAUAUUUGUUUGCUGUAUGCUUGUAGCCAAGGAGGGUUUAUUGAUGCUGGGUGGAAAUAUUUAUCUUCCAUGACUAAGGACCAUGGAAUUUCCCCUGGAGAAGAUCACUAUGCAUGCAUGGUAAAUCUACUGGGCCGAGCUGGACGUAUCACAGAAGCAGAGGAAUUGAUCUUGAACUUGCCGUUUCAACCAGGCGUGCUGGUUUGGCAGACUUUACUUGCUGCCUGUCAGCUCCAUGGGGAUGUUGAAACUGGGAAGCGAGCAGCAGAACAUGCAAUAAAUCUCAAUAGAAAUGACUCAUCGAGUUAUGUAUUGUUAUCGAAUAUGUUUGCUGGUUUAAACAAUUGGGAUGGUGUAGGGAUGCUGAGACAGCUAAUGGAGAGCAGGGAUGUAAGGAAAAUGCCUGGAACCAGUUGGAUUGAGUGGAAAAACUAAAAGACUGCUCAGAUAACUCCCGCUGGACCUGCUCCCUAAUGAUUCACAGGAAUGAUAGGUAAACAUGAAGCUUAGAAAGUCAAUAGCAUUCACUUAGAAUUGAUUGGAGACUCCUUUUAUUGUUCUUGGAAACAAGAAGCAAAAUCAUGGGAAUCACUUAAUA